UUUCAAAUCACGUUUUUUUUCCAUUACAAUCAUCAUGGACUUGCUGCCACUUUUCAAUGUUAUCAUUCAUCAUUUUAUGCAAUCUCAUGUUAGUAAUAUUGUGGUUUUUAAUUGUUGGAAAAUAAAUGCUCAAUUGACAUUUUUGCAAAAUGCAAAUAAUCAACUUCUACGCACUCAAAUGGUUGACAUAAGUAAAGAAGUCGAAUUUCCUGGCGGAUAUUUAAAUGGGAGGUUAACUAGUUUGGGUGUUGUUUUGGAUUUUAAUUGCAAUAUGUCUGGAUAUAUUUUAAAUGAGGCAAGUCAAAAACAGCUUUACUUGGGGAAAUACAAUUGGCUUAUAUUUGACAUGGAAUCGAAAUAUUCAGAACUCAAAAUGCAAUUUGAAAAUGCAAUGAUGGCCAUGGAUGCGCAAAUAACCUAUUCUGCAAUAAAUAAAGCCAAUUUAAAUUCUUCAAAAUUAUCAUUUUUAAACUAUGAUGUAUUUAAUAAUGGAAAAUUUUUGGGAGGCAAAUUAAAUAUAACUUUAAACAAAGAAAUAACAUGUGAUAAGGAUUCCUGCACAACGAGCUACCUUUCAGGUCUUGAAUUGCGUCCGAAAGCUGGGAAUCGCUGUAAUUUGAAUGAUACAACUUUUCGUAUUUCUACUGUGACAGCUGAACUUCCCCUCAACUCAUCUACAGAAGCCAUACUGUACUAUUUGCUUACUGACAACAGUACACACAAGGAACCUCUUUCACGCUAUAGCUAUAAAAUUGUCUUCAUUCUUCAGCAAAUGAUGCACUAUAAAGUUCACUACAUCCAUCGCUAUAAAUGGAGUGACAACGAAACUGCUGGUGGUUCCUUCGGAGACAUACCAACUGGUAACGCAGAACUCUCGGGUUGUGGCUAUGUUCCAACUGAGCCUCGUUUAAAAAUAGUCAGUGUUGUUAGCCCGAUGGGUGAUUUCAAAUCGAUUUUCAUAUUUCGGACUCCUCAAAAUCAAGGACUCUAUGGUGGUGUUUUCCUGAGUCCAUUCAGUACCGCCGUGUGGAUUGCAUUCGCCGCUGUCAUUUUAGGCUUUGCUGUUCUACUCUGGGCAAUCUUUGCCAUUGAAUUUCGGAUCAAAAAAUAUGUCGAAUUUAUACCAUCUUUAUUGUUGACAUUUUUAAUUUCAUUUGGAUUGGCUUGCUUCCAGGGAGCUGCUUUGAUUCCUUGCACAGCUGGAGGACGGAUUGCUUUCUUCUCACUGUCAGUGGUAACUUUUAUUAUGUAUAAUUAUUAUACUUCGAUAGUAGUUUCGUCAUUGGUUGGAGCUCCAAUAAAGUCAAAUAUUAAAACCUUGGGCCAGUUGGCGGAUAGUAACUUGGAAAUUGGGUUCGAUCCGAUUAUUCAUACGAAAGUAUUUCUUAAUAUCUCAACCAAUCCAGGAGUGAAGAAACUUGUUCAGAAAAAAGUCGCUGGCAGAUGGGCUCCUAAUUCUGGACUCUGGCAACACGCUAAAGAUGGUAUUUUUAAAGUUCGAGAUGGUGGUUAUGCAUAUCACUCAGAAGCAUCAACAUCUUAUUACAUGGUCGAGAAAUAUUACGAACAACAUGAGUUAUGUGAUUUAAAUGAAGUUAAAUUAAGAACAGAAAGCACUUUAAAUAUUAUGAUGGCCAAAAAUUCAUCGUACAAGGAACUUGUUCGAUUAAGUAUGAUGCGAAUGCGAGAAGCAGGAGUCUUAUCAAAACAUCGUCGUCAUUGGAUGAAAACUAAAUUAAACUGUUUUUCAAAUAAUAUUUUGAUAAAUGUAGGCUUAGAAUACACUGGGCCAUUGUUUGCAUUUUUAGGAUUAACUUAUAUUGUGACAGUGAUUAUUCUUCUUUUCGAAGUUGGUUAUCAUAAAUAUGCUGAUAAUAAUAUCAAAAAGGUCAAAAACUGAUUCAAUUUUAAUUAAAGUUAUAUUUGCACUUUGUACUCAGAAUUAUUACUAUAUGUAUGCAUAAGUAAUACUUUUAUACAAAUGUUUUAAAAAUUACUGU